UUUCUGUAGGGGAAAGUGAAGUGAAUUGACCGAGCCGAGGGGACACGCUCGUGGAGAAACACCAUCGCAAGGGCAUCGGAUUUCUCUGACUGGUUGGCUGGUUUCCAUCUACACCAGCAACUUCAACCCCGUGAAUGGCCAGAAAAGUGCUGGAAGAUGCGCUUGAUCUGAGGGUGCCUGGUUAUGUUGGAAGGCAGCCAAGAGCCUCCUGCAAAUGGCCAGGAGCCGGUGUUGUCUGGCAGUAAGAGGACGCUUCCGGGAGAUGCGGCGCAGAAGGCGAAGCGUGUGCGAGUGUCACGAGCGUGUGACCAAUGUCGAGCAGGACGGGAGAAAUGCGAUGGCAAUCGACCAUGCUGCCAAACGUGCGAUGCCCAAGGCCGCUCGUGCACUUACUACGAGCAGCCAAAGAAGCGUGGAAUACAGCCCAACUACAUCCGGACUCUGGAGUUGACCUUGGCUUGGAUCUUCAAGAACUUCCCCGAGAGUGAACAACACAUAUCGAGUCUACUGCCGGAUCCCGGAGACCAAGCCCACAAACUGAUUGCGUGGAAAGACGCCGUUCCAGCGGAAGCUCUGCACGCUUCAUGGCGGCAUAGCGUAGUGUGCAGGCAAAUAGACCAAUUGCUAUCAGGCGCAGAUAUCGAGCUUCCGCGUCCCAUAGCAGCAACGACGGCGGCAGCCGCCGCAGUGGACAGCCAGGAAACUCAUCAUGCGGAUGAUGCCCAGGCUUCUUACCAGUCGCCACCACCAUCUGUGCCCUCAGAUACGGGCAUGGUUCCCCCAGACAUAGCGAAUCCGGCGGCAGGCGUUAUGAAUGUACUCUCGCCAACACAUGAAGCUAAUAACACCACCAACGAAUUGCUCAAGCUUCCACAGAACUCUUGGGCCUUACUCGAGCAUUACUUUGCCUUCACGCACACAUGGCUGCCAAUGGUUGAGCGUCACGAUGUCCUGAAGCUCAUGUACUCCUACCCUCCAGGAGGAUUGCGGAAACAAGACGCUCUCGGAGCGGAUCAUGCUGAAUUGUGGAGUAUCAUGGCCCUCGCAUCGUUACAGAAUGGUGCCGAAGACUCUGUGGCCUGUCGAAACACUGCCAAAUCUCUCGUUCCGAACGAACAUGGCUUUCAACUUGGCCAUAUCAAGGCGUUGCUUAUCCUCGGCCUGACCGAGAUCAUGGAACGAGCCUGGCUACCUGCAUGGCUGACCAUUGGAUCAGCCAUUCGCCUGUUGACGUAUUCUAAACUUGGAAGAGGCACCAGCACGACUCUCUUCGAAGGCCGCACUAAACACACUCUGCUGGCCGCAUUCGUGCUCGAACGCGCAGUUGCCUCACAAACUGGCGCUACCGCGCACAUCAGGCCAGGAGAUAUUCAGCAUGUUGGCUUCUUAAUUGAAGAUGGACUCGAAGAAUGGUCGCCGUGGCAAGAUCCCACAGCUGGUGCCGCUUCGAGUAUGGCGAGAUCUCCCACCAGGUCGAUGAGUACGUUCAACGAGCUAGUACGAAUUGCUUUACAGUUCCCUUCCGAUAGCAUCCUCGGCAGUCCUGGACUACCAAACAUGGCAUCAACGAUGGAAGCAAUCACUAAGCUUCUCAUCAAUGCGAGUGACAGCACUCAACGCCUCCACCCAUCUCAGGCAUUGGCAGGCCGGAAAGCACAGGUACCAGUGGAAGCGAGUCGAGUCCACGCUUCAAGCCAUAGUUCUACUGCGUUCUCUCCGCCAUCCGCCGACAACACGCGAUUUCAAUUCAUGAGCCUCCCCAGCGAGAGCAUGGAAGGGCUCGCCAGCAGUACUCAUGCAAAUCAGAUGCAGCAAAUCCCAGGCCCGAGCAAUUGGACCACGGGACCAGUCGCCACAGAUAUGUUGCAAGACGUUGCGCCAGGAGCCGAGGAUGCAGGAUCGGCCAACGGCCCACCCGGGUCGGACGUGUUUGAGGAAUUAGCAAUGCUCGAUCGCACCGAUUUCUCCUCGAAUCCUAGCUUCAUGCAGAAUCUCGGAUUUGGGCCUGACCUGGAUUUGGCCGAGUUCUUUGGCGCAGACUAUCAACCCUCCAAUCCUCUCCUGACAUAUACGCAACCCGCAACAUAUGCCAGUCCGACGCAAGACUUCGAAACGACGGGCAACGACGCAGGUUGAGAGAAGCGCCUUGCUCAUGAAAACACUGCCAUGCUCUUCCGUGCGGCCGCCUCUGGAGUGGGCGAGCACGAUAAGAGAUAUGUUCAUCGACGACGUUCUACUCUUCCGUGCUGGACUGGGAGGGAGCAAGUCCUGCUGAGCUGCUCAUUCAAAGCUGUGAAGCUAGACGACGACGACGAUGAGGAGGAGGAGGAGGAGGAGGAGGAGGAGGAGAAGACUAGGUAUCCAGCACGUUGCUCGAUGGUGCAAGAAGUCUGGAAGCGAAGAAGAUGGGUUCCACUGGUUGGCAGUUCAGAUACAUGUAGCAGCCGAAUAUGAAGGCGAUGGGAGCCGAUUGAUACCUUAGGCCAACGGUCUGGUCUGGUAGGUGGUAGGACAGAGUAGUAAGCACGAGCGAGAUGUGGGCCUUCAUGUUCUUUCUU